AAAGAGGGCUUAAAGCAAUGCAAAUAUGCACGCGCACACCUCAUAAUGCAACUAAAGCCGUAUCCUGGACAUUUUCGCAAGUUUAGAAAUCCCGGCCGGACGCUUUUUCAAGGUCCGAAAAAGAGUACUUGUCCGGGAGAAAGAGGAAGUAUGGUCAGCCUAACAAAGUGAAUCACAAACUCUCAAUAACAAACGGACUUUUAUUUUGAAAAAGAAAAAAGAAAAAAAGAUUUUCAGCUUCACACUUCGGACAGAAAGCAUGACAUAGCGUUUGUUGCUUGACUUGCUGACUUUUGGUUUGAUUUUUUGUCUGCCGAAUUUUGGAACAUCCGAUGUCACAACUUUUAUUCUAUUGAUAGGAAAUUUAACGGCUGAAUUUGAAGGGUAUACUGUAAUAUUUCCAAGAUGCCACCACGCGUCGAUGACAUAAUGAAACUAUGUUGCGAACUAUCUGCAAAUCAGCAAAUGAAGACAACAGUGAAGCAGUCUGGUAAAGGGGCAGCAGCAGCCGGUGGUCUUGCUUUUGCCGGAGGAUUAAUAGGAGGUCCUCUGGGCAUUGCAGUGGGUGGGGCUGUUGGAGGUCUGCUUGGAUGCUGGAUGACAAGUGGACAGUUUAAACCUCUCCCUCAGGUUAUCAUGGAACUGACACCAGACCAGCAGCGCAGGCUUUAUGAGGAUGUUAUGGGCAUGUUAGACUCAAUAACAUGGACUGAUGUUGCACAGCUGACUGCCCUUGUAAUGGGAAAUGCCACACUCCAGCAGCAGGUGACUGCUACCCUUCUUAGCUAUAUUCAAAGGGAGCUUCAAGCUGAGGUGCACUAUGUAGACUGACACCAACAUUAUAAAAUCAGAUGUGAUAUGGGUUGUUGAUUGAAGGCUUGAGUCCUGUAAUUGAGAUUGGCAGGUUACAUUUUAUUUAUUUAUAUUUGAAGUUGACAAGGAAUGUUUAUUUUUCUUGAAAAUAAUUUCCUUGAAUAAUGUGUGGUUUGUUUUCAGGGCAUAUCAUGAGUAACAACUAUUUAAUGGUGGUUUGGGGUGUAUCUCUUUAAGGACGAUGCAGUUUACAGUUUUGAACAUGUGACUAUGAUGUUGUUAAAAUGUAUUUAAUGAUUAAAAUAUAUUUU